CUCACCGCGCAGAAGCUGGUGGACUUCCUCCUCGCCUCCCUGGACGACUCCAACCCGUCCAAGCGUUCGCUCGUCGACCUCGCGGGCGGAGAGCCGUCUCCCGCGCCGCCGCCGCCCAAGCCCGCCACCCCCAAACGGCGCAGCAGCCGCGGCAAGAAGCAAACCGAGGGAGGAGACGUCGAGAUGGCGGACGUCGCCGAGGGAGGAGAGGCUUCGGCGACGAAGGAUGACACAGCUGGCGACAACGCUGGCGACGGAGCGAAUGCCGUUCCGCCGACGCCGCCGACGCCGGCGCAGCGCGAGCUUCCCGAGACUGAGGCGUACUCCCACCUCCUCGUCCUCCUCUUACUCCUGGACGCCAACGACCCGGAGUGCAAAGCCGCGUCCGUCGCCGCGCUCAACCGCCUGUCGCAGUUCAACCGACGCACCCUCGACGCGCUCCAGGCGAGGAUCGUGUUUUACUACUCGCUCGCGCACGAGAGGUUCGGGGAGUUGGCGGAGGUUCGGCCCUCGCUGUUGGCGCUCCACCGCGUCGCCGCGCUUCGAUUCGACGAGAUGGGCCAGGAGACGAUCCUCAACCUGCUCAUGCGCAACUACCUGCACUACAACAUGUACGACCAGGCUGAGAAGCUUCGGAGCAAGGCGCAGCUCCCCGCGAGCCGGAGCAACCAGCAGCAGUGCAGGUACCUCUACUACCUGGGACGCAUCCGAGCGAUCCAGCUGGAGUACUCGGACGCCAAGGAGUGCCUGACCCAGGCGCACCGCAAGGCGCCCAAGCUCGCCAAGGGGUUCGCCCUGGAGCUCACCAAGUGGAUCACCGUCGUCAGGCUCUUGCUCGGCGAGAUCCCGGAGAAGAAGGACCUGACCACCGCGGUUUCCGGCGGCGCGGCGGCGCAGAGGGCGCUCCUCCCGUACCUCGAGCUCACCGGCGCGGUCAGGCUCGGCGACCUCGAGAAGUUCCGCGCCGUGCAGGAGGCCCACGAGGCUGCUUUCAGGGCGGACAAGACGACCAACCUGGUGACGCGACUCCGCCGCAACGUCAUCCGGACCGGCCUCCGCCGAGUGUCGCUGGCGUACUCGGCCAUCUCCCUCGACGACGUCGCGCAGAAGCUCGGCCUGGGCGAGGGCGACGGGGACGUGGAGUUCGUCGUCGCCAAGGCCAUCAGGGACGGCGGCAUCGACGCGACGAUCGACCACGACGCGAGGACGAUGCACUCGAGCGACGCCACGGACGUCUACUCGACGGGCGAGCCGCAGGCGGCGUUUCACGCGAGGAUCGCGUUCUGCCUGGACACGCACAACGAGGCGGUCAAGGCGAUGAGGUACCCGGACAAGGUCAAGAAGGGCAAGGGGGACGGCGAGCGAAAGAGCGCGAAGGAUCGCGACCUGGAGGAGCUGGCGAUGCACAUCAUGGACGAAGACGAGAUGGAUGAGUUCUGAUCAUUGUUCUGAUCUGUCUCUGGCUACUGGAUGAGUUCUAGAUCCUACAACAGUUAAAAA